UAUAACAACGACAUCGUUGAUUGGUCAAAACCCAUGCUGGGGCAAGUGGAAUGUCUCGGGGACAAGUAUUUUGAUUGGACACACCAGCAAGUGAAUCGACCACUCAGAUUGUUCGCUUCUGACUUUGCUGAAAUGAUUACUAAAGCCGAUUGGUGGUUCAUUCCCAUCACGUGGUUGCCGAUUGCAAUCUUUUACAUGUAUAGAUCAUUCAGCAUUCUCUGCCAGUCCCCAGAGGU